GUGUAAAUCUGUUAUAAAAAGGAAAGCUUAGCGAUGCGCUCUGUCAGUAAACCAGUGACCUGCAGCCAGAAAACUUCUAAAAUUUUUACGAAACGAACCUUAUUCAUGAUAACGCAGUGAAUACUUUAAGUGGAUUCAAAUUUUGCCUGACAUUGUGUUAAAGCAAUCGGCAACAAUAUUUUCGUAAUGUCGUCUCCACUUCUGGCGACUCAAUGUGCAGCUCAAAGCGUCGGUGCAAUCAACUCUAUGGUGAACGCGUUACUUCAGGCGAUUCUAGCCGCACAAUGCGCAAUCUCACCGCCCAACCUGUGGCCCCCAGAUUACGCUGCCCAACUGCUGAGAAAAGGGGAAGACACAUACGAUUUUGUAGUGGUGGGCGCAGGCUCUGCGGGCUCAGUGAUAGCCAGCCGUCUAAGUGAGAACCCAAAUUGGAGAGUGUUGGUAUUGGAAGCGGGCGGUGAUCCUCCGCAAGAGUCCGAGGUGCCUGGACUGCUAUUCAGUUUGGAACACACAAACGCCACUUGGAAUUAUUUAACCGAGCACAGCGAUAGGGCCUGCUGGGCGCUGGUUGGUAAGCGCUGCUAUUGGCCGCGCGGCAAAAUGAUUGGCGGCAGUGGUGGUGUUAAUGGCAUGCUAUACGUGCGUGGUCAUCGUGGCGAUUACGAUGGAUGGGCGCAUGCCGGUAACACUGGUUGGGGUUGGGACGAUGUGCUGCCUUAUUUCGAACGUUCGAUUCGUCCGGUGGGAAAUGGGAAGGGAUAUGUAGUACUCAAUGAUUUUCCAUUCAAUGAUCCGGAUAUUGAAACUUUAAUCUAUCAAGGGAGCGCAGAGUUGGGCAUACCACGCGUGCGUCAGUUCACUGAAGGCAGCGAGACGGGCUAUGGCAACUUGCCAGGUACAAUUCAAAAUGGACGCCGCAUGAGCUCUGGCAAGGGACACCUUUCGAAAGUUUCUCAACGACCUAAUCUUCAAGUCAUAAAAAAUGCGCGUGUAACGAAGUUGAACUUCGAUGAGAGUGGCAAGUACGUACGUUCAGUGAGUUUUGUUAUCCGGGGCUCAAUCAAGAUGCGUGUUAAUAUCGGUAAAGAGGUUGUGUUAUCCGCUGGGGCGAUUGAAUCACCAAAGCUGUUGAUGUUGUCAGGUGUUGGUCCAGCGGAACACUUGCGGCAGUUAAAUAUUUCGCUAGUCCACGACUUGCCAAUCGGUGAUAAUCUUCAAGACCACGUGCAGGUUGUCACUUUCUUGAAACUGAACGAGCAUGUGGCACCUUCACGUACAAUCUUAGAUAGCCUUGAUACCACUUAUAACUAUCUCAUACACCGAAGAGGACCACUGAUAUCACAUGGCACUACCUCGCUAACUGGAUUUAUCAAUACGCUCAAAAAUGGCCCGUAUCCGGAUGUUGAAUUUCAUCAUUUCAUUAUGCGUCGCGGCGAUUUCGGUAGCUUAGAAGUGUUUCUUGGUGGUCUAAAUUUUGACGAUAAUUACAAAGGUGAGAUACGCAAGGCGUUGGAAACUGCCGACGUUUUGGGCAUAUUUAAUGUACUCACUAACCCAAAAUCUAAGGGAAACGUGCGUCUACGGAAUGUUGAUUACAGGGAUCCACCCAAACUGGUAGACAAUUAUUUUAAGGAGCCUGAAGAUUUGGAAACGCUGCUGCGCGCCAUUCGCUUCCAAGAGAAGCUGCUGAACACAACUGCCUUUAAAGCACUGAAGGCCGCUCUAAUAUUUCCCCUGGUCGCGGAGUGCAAUGACUUCAGGUUGCAAAGCGAUGACUACUGGCGCUGUUAUAUAAAAUAUUUCUCUAGCACGACUUAUCAUCUAUCGGGCUCGGUGAAAAUGGCUCCAGAGGAGGAUGCGACAGGCUGCGUGAAUCCACGCCUGCAGUUGGGCGGUUGUAGUAACGUGCGUGUUGCCGAUGCCAGCAUUAUGCCAAAGGUGCCCACUGCCAAUACGAAUGCGGCUACAAUUAUGAUUGCUGAAAAGGCAGUGGACUUUAUACGCGAAGAUUGGCUUGGUGGAAGAUUAUAGUGAAGGAAUAUUCAAGAGCAAAUCAAGUCAAACUUUAUACCUGUGUACUAAAAUAUUAUUAAAGUAAGCCAAAUGGUAAAAAUGAUAUUAUGUGUAAAUAAAGCUGGCGUGUGUGUUUUAUA